AUGGGAGGUGAAAGGUAUCAUCACAGAAAGUCCAGGUCACAUAGAGUUGAAGAAGUGACAUUUGAUAAGGAAAAAAGAAUUGAUUUCUUGACGGGAUUUCAUAAAAGAAAGCUUGAACGACGAAAACAUGCACAAGAAAAUCAAGAGAAGCAAAGGAAAGAAGACCGGAUUGAAGAGAGAGCUAGAAUUAGAGAAGAAAGACGACAGAAGGUUUUGGAUAGAUUAGCAGAAUUGAAAGAGGUUGAAAGUAAAUUAGGAGGAGGAGGUGAUGAUGACGAUGAUGAGGAAGAGGAGGAAGAAGAGGAGAAGGAAGAAGAGGAGAAGGAAGAAGAACCAAAUGUUAAAAGAGUUAAGGUUGAAGAAUGGCAUGGAUUUGAUGAUGAUAAUGAAAAGAAAAUCACGAAAGAAGAGACCAUUGAAGUGAGUGAACUUAAUAAGAAAGGAAUACUGAAAGUCAAACAAGUGUAUAAAGUUGAAGAUGAAGAUGCACCAGUGAUGGGAACAUCAGAGGUUACGAUAGAAAGUAUGGAUAAUCCGAAUCAAAUAGAUGUGAGUGAUAUAGCACGGAUGAAUAAUGUUGAUCUAUCAAAGAGUGGAGAAGUGUUAGAGAAAUCAAUCAAUAGAGCAAAAGACUAUGCGAGAUUGAUGGGAAUGGACGAUGAGCUAAAGCCGUCAAAGGUGAAGAAGAAUAAGAAGCCCAAAGAAAGAAAGUAUUUGAGUAAAAGAGAAAGAAAGCUCAGGAAGUUUAAAGAAAAGAAGCAGACCUCGCAUAAGAGAGACCGCUAG